UCCCGAUUCUGCUCUUCUUCUUCUCGCUGCAGCUCCCGAAAUCCCCCCUCCAAGCCGCCGGCACCAGCUUUGAAAAAUUGGUGAGAAAGGUUGGAAUUUCUCCUUCUUUCUUGUCUUAAAACACAGAUUGAAACCCAGAAAUUCUCCCCCCUGCAAGAAGCUUCCGGAUCUGCUCUGCUCUUCCCUCUGCUGUCCGCCGGCUGCUCUUGUUGUGGGUGCAAAUUCUGGGCUGUUUCGAUUUUGGGUGAACCCGUGAGCUUUCCCUGCAGCUUGCCGCCGGCCUCUUCCCCCCUGCAGCUCCGGUUUCUACAGCUGGAGAAUUAUGGUAUGUGGCAGCUUCUCUAAGUGCAAGUUUUAGCCAUUUAAUUGCUGCCCUUUGUGUCCGAAAUUCUGGAUUAAUUAGGGGAGAAAAUUGAUAGUAAUUAGACCAUGAUUUAGCAUUAAUUCAAGUGAGAAUUAUGUGAUUGAGUGUUAAUGGAUUGCUGUGUGAUUUUUGGAGAGAAAACCCCGUGAUUAGCUAGUGGUUUGGCCAAUUUUUGGAAGUGGGAGUUACUGUUCACGUCGUGGUUACUGUUCACGGGUACUGUUCACACCCCGAGGGCUAACAAUUAACGGGGAUUUAAAUGAUUAGUUUGUGAUAUGAGAACGAUUUUGAAGAUAUUUGAUCAUGUGGAGAUUUAUGGAAAUAGCAUUGUGAUUAGGAAUGAUCCUAAUGAUGAGUUUACCUUGAAUUUGUAAUAGUGUUAUUAAUUCUUGAAAUAUUUUGAUUAGGUUUCCGAUCGUUCUGUCAGUUAGUACUAAGAUUGAGUGCUUGGUUUUAUGCGAGUGAGUGGUGGCGGGACUAAACUUGUUUUAUACAAAAAUGAGCAUGAUUGAUUUGAAGUGAGGUUUCUAUGCUUUUCAUUAAAUUGAGCAUGCCUACUUGAAAGUUUAAUUGAUUGUCCUGAUGAUUUGAAAGUGAUUGGUAAAGUAUCAUUUUUCUGUUAACUUUUGCCUAUUUUGUCUUCGAUGUGGUCAUGUUAUUAGUGACCCUGCUAGUGGAGGAGUUUAUAAACGCUAGCACAUGUCGGCACCUGUCGAUAUGUUAUUGUAACCCUGCUAGUGGGGGUUAAACACUAGCACAUGUCGGCACAUGUCGAUAUGUUAGUGAUAGAACCGGUUCGUACAAGUGACCCUUCUAGUAGGGAUUAUACACUAGUAAAUCGUGUGCCUGUCAGUGGGAGGUUUAUAACACUGGCCGUGACCUAUAGAGGAGACGUCUAUUUCGUUCCCGUACUCUAUCUGUUUUGCGUGAUUGCACAGGUUGGCAUGUUAUAAAUUUAAUAAGGGCACUCCAUAUUUACUUAUUGAGUUUAUCUCAUAGUUUUUCCUUGUCCACCAUUUCAGGAACCGAAACCGAGGACGGGGAAACCACGGGAAGUGACGAGUUAGAAGGCUAGCCAUUUCGAGAUUGACAUAGAUUUUAGAAAUAAAUCGUGAUCUUGUAAGUUAGAGUGUAUUUGGAGAUUUUAUGAUAUUAGAGCAAAUUUUAAAGAUUUGAUCUUCAGAUUUUGGUGGUAUCAGAUUGUGAUAUGAUAAGUUUCGAGCCUUGUGCAUUUGUGAGACUCUCUUACGAGUGCACGGCGUCUGCCACGUCCCCGAAUUUGGGUUAUGGGGCGUGACAUAUAUAUAUUGUAUAAUAUAGGAAUAUAAUACUUCAUAUAUUUCUUCUAUUACAAACUUGACAUAUCACAAACACCUCAUAUAGUGGGAUGGAAAAGAUAGUUUUUUUUUUUUUUAAAAGAUGAGUCCUAAUCUCUUCCUUGUUCUUUCUUUCUCUCUCAACACUCCCUUGUUCUUCCUUUCUCUCACUUCAUUUUGCUCAUUUGAUUUACUAUUUUGACCUUAAAAGACCCGAUUCUGCUCUUCUUCCCGCUACAGCCCGAGAGGAAAAAGGAAAGAGAACCCAGCCAUGCCUUUGAGAAACCGGUGAGAUAAGCUUGGUUUUCUCCUUCCUUUCUUGUUCUAGAACACACCUAGAACCCAGAAAUCUUCCCCCCCCUGCUGGAAAAGCCGGAUCUGCCCUGCUCUGCUUUGUCCUUCCGCCGGCUGCUCUUGAUUAUGGGCGAUUUCUGGGCAUUUU